AUGGCGAUUGCGCGCGAGGAGAUCUUUGGCCCCGUCGUCUGCGUCAUGAUGUUUAAGACGUUCGACGAGGCCAUCGAGCGCGCCGACGCGACGACGUACAGCCUUGCGGCUGGUGUUUGCACAAUGGACGUGGAAAAUAUUAUGCACUGCGCGCCCUUCUUGCAGGCGGGUCACCGUGUGGGUGAAUUGCUGGAAUUCCGUCGACGUCUCCACGCCGUUUGGCGGCUUCAAGCGGAGUGGCCUCGGCAGGGAACUCGGCGAGCAGGCACUGGAGCAAUACACCGAGACCAAAGCAAUUCACAUUGCACUGAAGGGGCCCUUGGUGAAGAAUUAGUUUGA